AGGAAGCUGCCGGCCGCGAGCUGCGUCCUCGAGCCCAGGGGACUUCGCGCACGGCCCGCGGUGGCGGCUGGCUGGCUGCCGAUCACACACCUGGGAGCCAGAGGUGACAUGGAGCUGCAUAGUGCUGCUUAUGCCGUGGAUCCCAAGGUCAGCAGUGGUCCAGGCCCCAGGGACGAGCACAUCACAAACCUGCUGGUGUUAGGCUUCCUCCAGAGCUUCUGCAGCUGCAGCUUCCAUGAAGAACUACAGGUGCUGGGUCGGGAGCUGCUCUCAGAAGCCGAGCUGGCCGACAGCUAUGACUGCUGCAGCUACGAUGACGAGCUGCAGACGGACGGCAACCACGCCAGCUUCCUCCAGAUGGGGAGAGCAGAGGCAGGUUCAGAGAGCCAAGAAGAGGUCAUCAGGAACAUUGCCAGGCGUCUCGCCCAAAUCGGGGACAGGAUGGACCACCACAUCCAGCCAGAGCUGCUGAACAACCUGGUGGUGGAGUUUGUGAAUGACCACUCGGAGGAGGACAGAAGGAGGCGGCUGGCGUCGGCCGUGGAGCAAGCAAUGGAAACUUGGCCUGCAGACAUGGAGAGGGAGAAGGCUGCACUGAUGUUGACCAUGCUGCUGGCCAAGAAGCUAGCCGAGCAUACGCCGUCCUUGCUGCGCGCUGCCUUCCGUGCAGCAGUGACCCUGAUUAACCAGGACCUGCUCGCCUACGUGAGGAACUUAGCUGGAAAUGGCAUGGAGUGAAUGGAUGGCCACAGAAGCAAGACUGGUUACAACCUGAUACCCGGACAGCAGGAGAGCUGCCUCCUGGGGAACAGGAGCGUGGCCCUAUGAACUAAGUUCUUCAGAAGACAGGACCUGGAUUGUAGCUAUUUAUUUCUUAAUAUUUUCAAGGAGAUGUUUUAAGCUAGUGAUCCAUUAGGCAAUUUCUACAUGAAUAUACUUGAAUGAAAAUGUCAACUUA